UUUUUUCGCCUGGAUUCUCCAUGUUGGAGCAAUAGCGAGGUCUUUCCCUGUGUAAGCAAGCUACUAGCAGGGGCCGCAGCAUAACUUUUACAACGUUACAGUGCGGUGAACUAGAUAGGUUUAACUGCACAAACGACGAAUAUAACACAGAAACAUAGGAUUAUCGCUAGCUGUAUACAAGAGUUUGGAAAUAUAUUGUUUUAAUUAUUCUGUAACCGCAACGGGUUGGUAAACGCGAUUGCUAACAAGCUAGCUGAAUGUUGAAAGUACCUGUGACUUGGGGGAACGGAUUGGACUUUGAGGGGCAUUGGAUUUGUUAGAUGGAAAGUUCUAUUAUCACUCAAGUGCAGAGAGAAGAUCAACUGCCGUUCAAAACAGGCCAGGUGAAUAAAUCUUCCCCAAAGAAGCCUCGGAGCCGGAAUAUCUUUAAAGCGCUUUUCUGUUGCCUUCGAGCACAGGAUGCCCCUCAGCCUCUUCCCCCUGCCCAAGAUGCCCUACUGCCUCCUGAGGACAAUGGGUCAAUCGCCAAGCUUGGUCUACUUCAAAACCUUCGCUACCAGUUUCAUCAAGUCCCAGGGACCAGCUUGCUGCCUGAGCUAACCUACCAGGAUGAGGGAAAGAUCUGUGUGGUUAUUGACCUGGACGAGACACUGGUGCACAGCUCCUUCAAGCCCAUCAGCAAUGCAGAUUUCAUUGUACCUGUGGAGAUUGAAGGAACAACACACCAGGUCUACGUGCUGAAAAGGCCACAUGUAGAUGAGUUUCUGCAAAGGAUGGGAGAGCUGUUUGAGUGUAUUCUCUUCACUGCCAGCCUAGCAAAGUAUGCAGACCCUGUAACAGACCUGCUGGAUCAUGGUCGGGUGUUCCGGGCGCGUCUCUUCCGGGAGUCCUGUGUGUUCCACCAGGGCUGCUAUGUCAAGGAUCUGAGCCGCUUGGGCCGCCUGCUCAACAAGACUCUCAUCCUGGACAACUCUCCUGCCUCCUACAUCUUCCACCCCGAGAAUGCUGUGCCUGUUGUUUCCUGGUUUGAUGACCUGGAGGACACAGAGCUCCUGAGCUUGCUGCCUGUUUUUGAGGAGCUGAGUACGGCAGAUGAUGUCUACGCCAAACUGCAACAGCUGCGAGCCCCCUGACAUUACACACACACACCCGCGGGGACACACACGCGGGGACACACACGGACUGCAGAAUCUUCCCUAAUACAGACCACACCUAUCAACUCAAGGGUCAAGUUCCAAACCUGCCCAUCUUAUACACUCAUACUUUAUGUUGACCCUGAACUAAAUGAAUUGACAGCUGCUCCAUCUCUCCUGCCUCUACUCUUCAGUAUGUUAGCUGGUGCUACUCUGAAAACAGUUCAACAAACACAAUGCAAAAUGAGCAAUCAUUCAGACUGAGUGGACUGACCUUGUUUGUCAAACAUUAUACUUUCAUUUUAGAACUAAUCGCAGAAGUAAGAUGGACUCUGUUCUGCACCUCUCUGCCUCAACAACAUUCUCAAUUCAACAUUUGUAGGGGACUGCAAAGGACUGCAAGAAAACCAUACUAUCAACGUAUUUCAGUUUUUUACACAGUACUAUGGCUAUGACAAAUAGGCUGCUUUUAAAGGACCUUUCUCUCUUGAAUGGAUUGAUCUUAUUCAGGAAAGUUGCACCUAAGGUCUUUGUGAUUGAAGGUCAGCAUGACAUGGGUAGACAACAUUACAGAUCAUCCAUGAAUUGAGAUGAUGUUAUAUGACCUCUUAUGACCAGAACUUAUGUGGGGUAACUACAUAUCCCAUAGUUGUGCCUUCUGAAAAGAAACAAAAUUUCCUUUUGUUUUUUAAGAAAAUUAAUCUUUGUCCCUCGGAGAAAUUGUUAUUUUUAAUCUUGAGGUUUUUCUAUACAUUUUUAAGAUGUCUUUUAAAUGUACAACUUGUUGGUGAGGAUUGCAGAUGAAGACUUUGGUAAUGUUGAGGAAGAACAGCCAUACAUUAACAACCUCUGUAUGUACUGUAUAUGCUGUACAUGAGAUUCUCAAUUCUCAUAUGAUGAAAUCAUCCUCAGACAAUAGGGACCAUUACAAUUCAAGAGUCACACUCCCAAGUGUGAUUUAUCAUAAGUCAUGCCUCUUUAAGGAGGUCCACUCUGAGAUACAUCAAGCACAGCACACCUGCUGAAGAUGCAACUCUACUUUGUGCCCCUUCUAAAAUGCCCUUUAACUGAACUGACUGGUUAUAUAUGAAUAGUUCCGUUUCAAGUAUUACUCUAGUAUUUAUGGCAUCUUGUAAUGCCAUAUUUUAGUCUCUUAAUUACAUUUUUUAUGCUGGUCUAGUCGCACCAACAGAUCAGGGCUUUAUUCUUUAUCUUACAAGUUGUACCCGGUUGCCAGAAAAAAGUAGGCAACCCUUAAAUGCAGUUUAGAAAUGCAGUUUAGAAUACUGCUAAUGUGGAAAAACCAAGGCCUUUUUUUAUUUUAUUUUUAUUACAAACGUUUUUUUUUUUUAUGUCUUUGUGUCAAGCCCCUUGUGUGCUGUAAUGUUUUUUAGGGGUAGAGUGUGCACAAUAAUACGCUCAUUUAAGCUCUACCCUCAACCCCUUCACCAACUCUAUACCAUGCCAACCUAAUACCCUUCAGCUGCUAUGCGCUUAAAGUGUAUCAGCAAUGUUGCAGUCUGUAAAGUAACUUGCCUGAAAGGGGAAUGUGUUUCUUACAACUGUUUGUGUUGAGUUGCUGUCAAUUUUACCGCUCAAUGUCAUAUCUCUCACAUCAAAGGGGGCAGUCAUUUGGAGAGGGGGGAAGGACGGACAUGGCAAGUGAAAAUGUAAAUGAAUGUUAAGGCGGAAAAAAUUAUAAUUUUUGAGUCACAGCAUCCCAAAGAUAUUUGGAGUUACUAUUUUUGGUUGUUACAAAAAAAAAGAUACAGAGCCUUUUCACAUACUUAUUACACUCUGAAGUGCCUAAGGUCUUUUUCUGUAACAGAAGCUUCUGAAUAAGCACCAAGGCUCUCCCCAUUUUUUCCUUUAUUUACAACUGUAAAACUGUUCUUUUCUCCCUCGUGUUUGGCUGAUUUCUAGUAAUCUAUAAAAUUCUCUUUACCAAGCAA